AUGCGAUACCUAAAAGGAACCAAAGAGUACAAACUGGAAUACAACAAGACCAUAACACCGGAGAUUUGUGGAUACACCGACGCGGAUUGGGGAGGAGAUCCGGUCACCAGAAAAUCAACCACCGAGUACGUUUUCACCAUGGCUGGUGGUUCCGUUUCGUGGAAUGUAAAACGUCAAGCGUCCGUAGCAUUUUCAUCAUGCGAGGCCGAAUUCGUUGCUCUAUCUCGUACGAUUCGAGAAGCACUUUGGUGGAAGCAACUUUUGAAGGAGAUCGACACUCAACAUAUGAUCCAGAUUUUCUGCGAUAAUCAAUCCGCUAUUUGUUUGGCACAAAAUGAAGGAAAUAGCCCAAAAACCAAGCACGUGGCUAUACGAUAUUGUUUCGUCAAGGACACCCUGGAUAACGGCGAUGUCGAGCUGCAGUACAUUCCGUCCGACCAGCAACCGGACGAUGGCUUCACGAAGGUUCUACCAAGGCAAACCAAGGACCUCUGA